UAGAGCUGCAGAAGAUUCAACAUUUGACAAACAAGAACAAAUAUUUCAUCCAAAGGGCCGAUUCUCUAGAUUUGUAGACAUGGCUGAUGUUUUGAAAAGCCUGAACCUCCUUGAGACCCUGAAAGAGUCCAUAGAACUCAAUAAGUUAUCAGAUGUCAAGGAUGCAGUUGAGGAUCUCCUGAUCAGCAGGAUCAACUUAGCUGUGAUAGGGGACCGUGGGGAUGAAAAAGCCACCUUUAUAAACUCCCUCCGAGGCCUCGGUCCUGGGGACGAUGGAGCAGCGCCGUCUCAGUCCACUGUUGCUCCGGAGGAAGUGGCAGGCUACCCAAACCCUAAACAUCCUGACUUUCGGCUGUGGGAUCUGCCACCCGUCCCAUCCACCUCUCCAUUUGAACCCGAGGGAUACAUGGAUAAAUUUAAGUUCCCGCGCUACAAUGCUGUCGUCAUGACAUUCACACAGACGCCCCAACCCAACAGUGUGGAGGUGUUCCUGGAGGCUCGGUCACUGCAGCAGCAAACCGUGUACUUUAUUCUCUUAGCUUCAGCAAAAGACACAGAAAAGAGCCUGGAAGAAAAGAGGAAAGCCAGUGUGGACGUGCUGACAUCACAGGGUGUGACACUGCCGAAAGUCUACCUGGUGAGACCCUCCACCCUGGAGAGGUUUGACUUCCCUGGUCUGUUGGAGGACAUGGGAAGAGACCUUCCAGAGAUCAGAGCCCACGCCCUUCUCUUUGCUCUCCCGACGCUUACCUCCGCUCUGGUCACUCAGAAAAAAGAAGCAUUCAAAGCACUAGUGUGGGCUGCCGCCUCGCUAUCUGGUGGAGUGUCGGCUAUUCCUGUUCCCCUUGUGGCCUCUAUGGUGGACUCAAGUGUAGCAGUGCGCAUUCUAACCAAAGCACAAUUAUCACUGUGCCUGGACGAUGAAUCAGUCGAGCGGCUGGCCCGACAGCGAGGCAUGGACCCCACAAGGCUCAAAGGACUGCGGACUUGUGUCCUGUCAGUGGAGGUCAGUAAAGGUGAAGUGAAAAAGCGGCUGGUGGCGGCAGAGAAGGACUUGGCCACGGUUUCGUCAAAGCUGGUGGAGAUGGCGAUGCCCAGACAUGCCCGCUCUGCCAGUCGCUCAUUUGCUGCCAUGCUACAAGCCUUAAACGGCGCCAUUGAUGAAAUGGCAGCUGACGCUGAGAAGAUAGUGGCUGUUGCUCUUGUGGAGGGGAAAUGAAGAAAAAUGUUUUUAUCUUUGUGUAACGUUUCCUGUUUACACGUGGUUUGUCUUUACUUUUCUGUUUUGGUAUAUAAGGAAGGCACUUUUAAUGCAGUACUGCAGAAACGUUUAUAUUUCACUGUUUUUCAGAGCUUAAAUUAUUAAAAGGACACAUUAAAUACUGCAUUAGCGUAUGUUCUGCAAACAGAAAAAGACUUGGCCCACCCUGUACAGCAGCUUUCACUAUUAGCAAAAGGCAUUAAAUAGAGGAAGUGAGAGGAAGUUGCAUGCACACUGUAGCAGGCAAGUUGAAGAAGAAAAUACAUUAUCACCUUCAUCAGUUUGUCUAUAAAAGAUUGUGUUCUCAGGCUUGCAUGGAUGGGCAUGCAAAUUUCACAAGAUUUUAAGUCAGCUGUGAAAACUUCCUUUUUUUAAAUCUUACUCUUACUUUAGGAGAGAUGGUGUGUGCUGCAGGCUGCUAUAAGUGGAUCCUCUGAGGUAAGAACAAGCUAAUUUUGUAUCUUUCACCGUGAAAUACUUACUGUGUUUGACCGCCUGAUUUCACUGAAUGAGUUAUCUCUGUCUGUGAUGGUUUAUCUCAGUCAUGAAGGAUGUACAAUGUCUGUGUCUAGAGAAAGUUUUGAUUUCUAAAUAAGCCCUUCAAUUGAAUGGGAAAAUUGAUUCAGUUGAUUUGCGUUCUCAAAAACAUGUUAUCUUGGUGUAUCCACAAAUGUACAGGAUUUGGCAUUUGUAUGUAAAUACUGUUUGUGGAGCAUUUAAGAACACCAAAUCUGUAAAAUAAAAGCACUUUACUGUU